AUGGCGCCCCCUGCGAUCCUGUUUGUCUUCUCCGAGCCCGGGUCAAACGUCACGGAAGAGGAGUUCCAUGACUGGUACGACAACGAGCACAUCCCUCUUCUUGUCGACAUAUCCGCCUUCCGCUCCUGGACGCGGUGGGCCGCGGUUGACGGAACAAAGCCCGCCUACGGCGCUGCGUAUGAUCUUGAAUCGUAUGAUGUAAUGCAGCAGCCGUCUUACAAGGCGCUCGUGGAGACGAGGAGCGAGCGGGAGAAGGACAUCCUGAAGCGAAUUCAGGUGGUGGACUGGAGGAUAUACGAGCUGCAUGGGGGCCCCACUACACCGCCGUCAGCGCUGUUCGACCCCGCCAAACCCGCCUCUUACGCUGCCUUCGUCUUCAUUACAACAAAACCCGAGUUCGAGGAGGAAUUCAACAAGUGGUAUGAUGAGGAGCACAUCCCGCUGCUUGCGAAGGUCCGAGGAUGGAUCAGGAGCCGGCGGUUCCGGCUGAAGGACUGGGGCCAUAUGGGUGUCGAGGUAACGAAAGAGCCACCGAAAUAUUUCGCAGUGCACGAGUGGGCGACGCUUGAUGGGACUAGAAGUGAGGAAUAUAGGGCCGCUUUGGAGUCGCCAUGGACGAAGAGGAUGGAGGAGACCUUUCUGGCACGGGAUGUGCGGGUCAUGUCGCUUUUGAAGACAUGGGAUCGACCUAGUCUCCUGUGA